CCAACUGGCGUGGUACAUCGAAUCAGUUUAGUGAGCCAUCUCAGGUCGGAUCACCACUUGUUCUCUGAGAAAAAAGAACCUGUAGCCAUGAAACUGAUCAUCGCCUUCGCCGCCGUCGUCGCCGUCGCCCUCGCGGCUCCCCCUCGUGACUAUCAUGACCAGGCGGUCGUCGUGAAAGAGACUCCACUGGAUAACAUCGGCCUCGACGGAUACCAGUUUGGCUACGAGCUCUCCAACGGCCAGGCUCAUCAAGAGUCAGCCCAAUUGCAAAACGCUGGUCAUGAAAACGAGGCUCUUGUAGUCCGCGGUAGCUUCACCUACGUCGACCCGGCGACCAACGUCAGGUACACCGUCAACUACGUCGCCGACGAGAAUGGAUUCCACCCCGAGGGAGCGCAUCUGCCAGUCGCCUAAAUCCUGACGAGAAUUCUGCCAACCAAAAUCUGUGUUCUUACAACUUUUCAUCCAGUCUCGUAUUUAAAGAGAACCUCAAUUCUCUCGAUCUCUCGAUCAUAGCGAUUACACAUACAAAUAUGACAAACCUAGUUUUAAAUAAAUUGAUUUUUAUUUAAUCCUUGAUGUCUAAAUUAUUUCACGACUCUUUCAUUUUUGACACGUUACUUUGAUCGUUGGACAAGUAACGUUCUCGAUAAAUCAAGAUUGAAUCUUAAAAAUGUAAUAAAUUCUACGAAACAAUAAAUGAACUAUUUG